AUGGCCCUGACAAGACAUCGCCAGCACCCACCGAUAGCCCUGACAAGCCCUGACAAGGCAUCGCCAGCACCCACUGAUAGCCCUGACAAGGCAUCGCCAGCACCCACUGAUAGCCCUGACAAGGCAUCGCCAGCAGACACUGAUGGCCCUGACAAGGCAUCGCCAGCAGACACUGAUGGCCCUGACAAGGCAUCGCCAGCAGACACUGAUGGCCCUGACAAGGCAUCGCCAGCAGACACUGAUGGCCCUGACAAGGCAUCGCCAGCAGACACUGAUGGCCCUGACAAGGCAUCGCCAGCAGACACUGAUGGCCCUGACAAGGCAUCGCCAGCAGACACUGAUGGCCCUGACAAGGCAUCGCCAGCAGACACUGAUGGCCCUGACGAGGCAGCGCCAGCAGACACUGAUGGCCCUGACGAGGCAGCGCCAGCAGACACUGAUGGCCCUGACGAGGCAGCGCCAGCAGACACUGAUGGCCCUGACAAGGCAUCGCCAGCAGACACUGAUGGCCCUGACGAGGCAGCGCCAGCGGACACUGAUGGCCCUGACGAGGCAGCGCCAGCAGACACUGAUGGCCCUGACAAGGCAUCGCCAGCGGACACUGAUGGCCCUGACAAGGCAUCGCCAGCGGACACUGAUGGCCCUGACAAGGCAUCGCCAGCGGAUACUGAUGGCCCUGACAAGGCAUCGCCAGCAGACACUGAUGGCCCUGACGAGGCAUCGCCAACAGACACAGAUGGCCCUGACAAGGCAUCGCCAGCGGACACUGAUGGCCCUGACAAGGCAUCGCCAGCGGACACUGAUGGCCCUGACAAGGCAUCGCCAGCGGACACUGAUGGCCCAGACAAGGCAUCGCCAGCAGACACUGAUGGCCCUGACGAGGCAUCGUAG